UUUCAGAAAGUCUCUUUUCAAUUCUUAGCAUUCACUUUAAUAUAAAACUUCAAAAUAUUGUUGAGCUGAACUGACUGCAUGAUAUGAAUGUUGAUAUGAACGUUUUGAGAGAAAAAAACACUGACCCCCCCUAAUCCUAAAUCCUGUAGCAUGCGUUGGUGUUAGCUACGUAUCUAUAAUAACUAGUUUUCUGAAAAUUAAUUACUAUGUGAGCUGACUGUGGCCCAGACGUGUAUCCAUCCAACCUAGAGGCCUCAUAGUAGUUUAGCAGCUUCCGAUAAUCCAGUGUGGUGUCCAACGUGGGUAAGCUUAGUUCUAGAUAGAGCAUCACCAAGUUAUGUAUAGACCAAAAUGCGCAACUCCCUCAGUCCCUCCACAAACUCUUUCUAUCAAAAUGGACAUUGGCAUUUUUUUCUUUCUGUCCACUUUGUGAACCUUCAAGAAAAAAAAAAACAAUGUCACAUGCAUGAGUGUGUCAAUUGACGUACUAAAGUACAAGGGUGCAUUACUGUGGUGAUGUUAGAACGCCAGCUCCACGUACGUAGCGCCCCCUCAAGCCUCCUUUGGUAAUGUAGACAUAAACUGCAAAGCAAACUGACGUGUUGUGAUUGUGAUUGUCCCUGGUCCACCCCACCAUCCCUUCCCUUUCACCCCAAAGCCCCCAGACCCUGUGUGUGUGAAGAUGUCCCCUGGCCUCCAGUGAAUAUGUACAGUAGCCUACAUGCUCAUUGUGUGACAAGAGUUCCCUUUUAAUAUCUAUGAGAAAAUACCAGUUUUUAGCAGGGCAAUUUUUGUAAAUUGUGCAAAAUUCAAACACAUUCUGAUGAAAGUGCCCGUGUUCCUGGAUGAAUUAUCAAUCCAAUUACGUAAUCUAUUCAAAAAUUUCAAAACGUAAUGCAUAUGCACAGUGAUCUUGUAGAAAACUGCAUGCAUGGGAGCAAAUAUGCUUUCAGUUGAGUGUGGAAUGAUCACUAAGACUUCCACUGAUUGAUCUUCAAAUUUAAAAUUAUUUUUUGGUGGAUGAAAAUAAAUAAAAAAUCUAAUUUUCGAGAGGGUCCUCUAUGGUUAUAUUCAAUUUGUCCACAACAUUUAGUAGUGUAAUGGGCUUAACACUUUUGUGACACCUUCACUUGAGGCUGCAUGUCAGUAACACCCUCUUUGCUUUGCAUGGAAAUAACUUUGCUUACAUAUCGUGUGUGUGUGUGUGUGUGUGUGUGUGUGUGUGUGUGUGUGUGUGUGUGUGUGUGUGUGUGUGUGUGUGUGUGUGUGUGUGUGUGUGUGUGUGUGUGUGUGUGUGUGUGUGCGUGAGAAUGUGAGAGUGUGUGUUCAGUGUGUGCGUGAACAUGCAUGCAUGUGUAUGUGUGUGUGGAGAUGUUUUUUGUUAAUAUGUGUGUAUGUGUGCAUGUUUGUGUGAGUGUGUCUGUUUGUCUGUGACUAUGCCUGUUUGUGUGCGUCUCUGAAAGACAGAAAGAGAUAGUGGGAGAUUGUGUACACAUGUGCAUGUGUAUGUGUUUAUCAAAAUGCAUGUACAACGUGCUUGUGUUUCAUAAUCAUGUUUGCUUAACAUUUACUUGUUUUGCAAUUCUCACUCACAAUUUAAUUCAUGUAAAAUUAUUUUUUAAAGCACAUUUACUAAUUUGACAUGGUACAUAUUUUUGCACGUCAUUUUUAGUCAAGCAAUUUAUUUGACCAGUCUGAUGUUUGUGUGACCAUGGGUCCAUUGAAUUCCAUAUUCGUUUCAUGAUUUGAUCAAACACAUUUGCAAAGCUUAUAAUUUGUCAAUUUUGUUAUCAUUGAUCAUCAUUUGUCAGAUAAGUAUUUGCAUUUAGUCUUUUUUUUAUUUACAUCACUGGCUUUCUGUUAUAGGGCAACAUUAAAAGUUAUCUUUUUUCUUUCUUCCUCUGUCUCUUUCUCUCUCUGUCCUUUUCUGUACAGAGGAUUUACCUCUCAAACAAUCUUGAGAUACCUUCUUUCAUGUUGAUUUUCCCUAUGUAUGUGUGCCCCAUUUCUUUGUGUUUGUUUUGUUCGUUUUUUUGUUCAUUCCUUGUCUUCUGUUGUCCAUUUUUGCUUUGUUGUCAUCCACCCUAGUUGGGCUCUUGGUCUGUGUGUAAUGUGUGUGUGAAUGUGUUGUUGUGGACGUCUAUAAGCAAGUUAUUUCCUGCGUAUCCCCUUCUCCUCUCCUUCUUCUUCUUACGGUUUAGUUUGAGUUUGCUUUGCGGUCGUCAACCAUUUUCCCUUCAGUCCUUCGGAUCCAAAUACUUCUAUGCCUUCACACCUAAUGCCUUCCUUCACUGUUGUUUCCUUCUAUCCCUUCCCCCUGAUAUGACCCGUCUUUACCUGUUACUGUUCCUUAUCCUCCUGAUCACAAUUUUCAAAUCUCUGUUCCAUCUCUGUUCCCUUUGAUUUCAAUUUUUUGGUUUUGUUUACUCCUUAAAUGUCUCUUUCAAAAAAUGGAAGAUGACGAAGACACCUCCGCCGAGACGUCUGCCCUGAAAACGCACUCGAUCAGGGACUCGUCUACGCUCGCUGGUCCUGACUUGCUCUCCGAGGUGUCGGAGAUGAAGCAGGACUUGAUUAAAAUGACCGCCAUCUUAACCACGGACUCGGCAGACAAGUCCGCCUCGCUGGAGGGGGGAGGUCUUGAAAAGGGAGCAGAAGACGUGGCCGGGGAGCCUUACGAGAUCAUGGAGAAAGUGAAAGAGGACUUGGAGAAAGUCAGCGAGAUCCUGCGCAGUGGAACGUACGAGGGUGAACUGGCUGCAGCAGCAUCUGCGAGAAAGAAAGACGAAGAAUGGGUUCUCCUGUCGGACAGCGAAAUCGAAGAGGCAAAAGCGAUGGCUGCCAGUCAGCCAAAGGAACCAAUUAUGAGGGAAGGUCGUGGUAACCGAGGGGCCCCGAGACCAAAAGGCAUGGCAGACAUGUCAGAGAUGGUUCCGCACCUAACGGGGGAUCCAAAGGAGUACCUCCUGGAAUUGCCCGAGGCUACAUCUAAACCAUCAGAGGCAGCAAAACAAGAAAAGCUGCGAAAAGGCACCAAGCCAUCAGCCAUUCCUACUGCUACAAAGAAAGAUACUAAAAUCCCUGUGGCAGAAAUUAAGAAACCAACCAGGAGGAAAGGGCCUCAAAGUCAAACAGAAGAGCCCAAAACGUCUAGCCCCAAAAAAGACACUGGCAAAGCAAGCAAGGGGGAAGCACAGGAGGGAGAGAGUCUUCUUAGUGCCCCGGCCCCUUCAAAGAAAUCACCAGUAUCACCUGUAGUUGAGGAGACACCGAUAGGGUCCAUUAAAGACAAAGUCAAAGCCCUUCAACAGAAAGUUGAGGCAGAGCAAAAACAGCGCAAACAUACACCUGUUAGCAAACCCACUGCAGCUGUAGGUAAGGAUAGCAAGCCCUCUUCAGCACCCAAAGAGAUGCCCAUAAAACCACAGGCCCCAUCCAAGUCCCAACCCAAGUCCCCCAAAGCAGAGUCAGAAACACUUGAGGAGACUAUGUCAGUGAAAGAACUGAUGCAAGCAUUCCAGACAGGGCAAGAUCCAUCAAAGAGAAAAUCAGGGCUUUUUGAGCUAAAAUCAUCUAGUUCUAAAGAAGAAACAUCAGAAAUAGAACAAUCUGAAUUAUUAGAGGAACAUGUUAAGUCCCCCACUAGCCACGCUGCGUCAGGUUUUUCACAAGGAAGAGAAGUAUCUUUGGACUCCAUUCCCAAAGCUAUGCAACAGAAGGAUAGUGAUAUUCAAAUUAGUCCAGUUAGAAAACACUCUACCGACUUCAGUUCAGAAAUUAGAGCUGAACUGGAAGACAACGCUCAAUACCAACAGUUCAAAACACCACAGAGAGAAGGCACAUCCUGUGCUGAAGGCACCUCAACUGAAACAGUGCUUCCCCCUGAGCAGAGCCAAGUCACAAGUGAAUUUAUGCCUGACAGUGCUAUUGAGAAUGGUGCAAUGGAGGACAGUCCUGAUAGCCUCAAACACGAGGGUAUUGCAGAGUCUCCAAGUGUCAGCGGGGGGUCGGGAGAUCAGCAGAUGAGCUCUGAGGAGAGCUACAAACAUGAAGGUCUGGCUGAAUCCCCACGCACAAGCCCAGACAGCCCCUCUUUAUUCCCUCAGAAAGGUGACGAGGUCUUACAGACCAAAAAGAAAGGUGCCUCAGCCAUUCCCGUUAGACAAAAAGAGACACAACGUGCCAUCAAAGACAAGUCCUCGAGAUCUCCGGAAGACUCGGCUUCUUCUUCGGGCACAAGUGAGUUUUCAAAGUCCAUUUUAAAGGUCAAGGGAGUUAAAUUUGGGGAUGACAAAGCUCCCGUUGCCACAGAGAUUGUCAGUGCAUCGGCCAAACCAUCAAAACCCCGAAAGCUUACAAAGAUGGGUUCUGAAACCAUAGAGGGUUUUCUAAGUGAUGAGGAAUCCCCUGAUGGUCAGCCAGAAUCAGCUUAUCUUGACACAUUGGCAUCAAGGGCAUCUUGUCGUCAGACUAGCCUAGAUCUGCCUCUCAGACACCGGGAGUCAGACUCUCUCAGUCCUGUAGCUGAUGACUCUUUGACCUUUAGUCACAAAGACUCUCUAGAGGGUAGUCCCAUCUUGGAAGACAACUCCUCCCAUAAAACACCAGACUCAAUUGAACCCAGCCCGACUAAGGAAUCCCCAUGUUGUGACUCCCUAGAGAGCAGCCCCGUAGCACAGAAAACCACCUUCGCUUUCCCUCCUGUGGUAGACCAACCCAGUGUUCCAGCAGAGCAAGAGCCCCCCUCUAAAGCACCUCCCGACUUCCCCCUAGACAAUUUGCGUAGUAGACUCCUCAGAGACCAGGAAGCCAGUGUGGAGGAUGACAGUUCUGAAAAGACGUCCCAGAUGGAAAGUUCGGGUAAGAGUCCCCUCUCCCCUGAUACCCCUAGUUCUGAAGAGGUAAGUUAUGAGGUGAACCCUAAAACCCCAGACCCCAUGACCCUUUCUGUUCCCCUUAACCCUCCCAUCCCUGAGGAGGCAGAGGAUUGUGAGGCGGAGAGUGGCGAGACUCACAGGAAGUUCACUCCAGAGGAAGAAAUGUUUAAAAUGGCCGCCAAAAUAAAAACAUUUGAUGAGAUGGAGCAGGAUGUGAGAGGCAAAAAGGACACUAGAAAAGAUACCAAAUCCGCUCAGUCAGCAGCCGAGUCCGAAACAGGACAUGACAGCAGCAUUGAGCAAAAAAUUGAAAUAGUGUCCAAAGAUCAAACACCAUCAGGGGAUGGCCUUGAGCACGCUGACCCCCUAUUGGGCUCAGUGUCAGCUCUGUGUGUUGAACCUGAUAUUAAAGUACAACCUCCCUCUCCUUUUCCAGCAGGUGUAAAGGCUGAAGAGGUUCAUCAAACGGACACCUACAGUGCAGCAGUGUCAGCCAAAGCAGUUGGUGGGGGACCUCAGUCUGUCUCAGAACACACCAGUAAAGAGCAAGGAUCUAUCCCUGCCAAAACAUCCGCUGAAUCUUCCACGGUAGCUCAGCCCCCAAAGGUGGAUGGAGAUAAAGCAGUUUCUCCAUCCCAGUCAGAGGGGGCUGGUAAUAGAACAGACGAACAAAAGGAAGAAUGUUUACGGAAAUCGAGGGAAAGUCAGGACGAUGGCAGAGGAGCAGUGAAGGUGACAGAUUUCCUCGAGCGUGACAGUGCUACUGCACCACGCCAAGCAGGAAACAAUGUAACAGACGAGGUUAAGGGCGAUCACAUAAAACAUUCAGGGGCAUCUGAUGUAGGGGUAGAUAGAGUGGAUGCUUUACCUGUUGGACGAAAAGGCGAAACGUUCAAACCAGAAGUGUGCAUUUAUGAUGACACUGAGGAGUAUGAUGAAGAGGACGAGCCUCCAAAAACAGAGUCAAAGGGGGUCACGGCAAGCUCAGAGGUGGACCCCUGGAACAAAGAUCGGGAGGAUGACGAAACCUUUGCAGCAAGGGUGAAGGAGGAAGAGCAAAAAAUCCUUGGGCUGGCAGUAGACCGACAAUCUCAAGCAGCAACACCAGACACAACCCCUGGAAGAACCCCCACAGAAGAGGGGACACCUACUAGCGAACCAAAUCCGUUUCUUUUCCAAGAAGGCAAGCUUUUUGAGAUGACCAGAAGUGGUGCGAUUGACAUGACCAAAAGGAGCUAUGAGGAGGAAGGUUUCGCCUUUUUCCAACUAGGUGACCAACCUAUUGAGGAAUCGAGGGAAGAGGAAGCUAGAGAAGAGGCUGCAGCGCAAUCUGAGGCUGCGGCAGAGGCCGAAGUUGGUAUGAACUUGACACUACAAAUAAAAUCAGAAGAGGAGGAGAAACCAUCACAGGACAUAGCUGAUUCCGCUCACCCUUGUUCGGUAGACAAUGAUGAUCAGGCAGGCUCAAAGUCAGAUGCCUCAAAAUCUUACAUCUCCGUAAAAAUGGGACUGUCUAUAGCACCGAAAUCAUCAAAGACUGCUGGAACCACAGCAGAAGCAGUAGAACCGAAAUUCGAAAAGGUUGCCGAGGAAACCCUUGUAGCAGUCGAUCUUAGUUCCCCCGAUCCUGUCAUUACUAAUGUUCAGACAGCUGUCACCACGGUAACUAGAUCAGUGUACUCUCAACAGGACCAAGAGUCCUCUGACUCCUCCCCUGAGGACCAGCACUCAGUAAUUGAACUUGCUAAAACUCCCGAAAAGCCCACACCUUCCCCAAGUAGUGAAAAAUUAUCAAAGGGCCCCGCCAAAUCUGUCUCAGGGAAAACAGGCACUCCAGCAAAGAAAGACAGUCCUUCAACCGAGAGCCCCAGAUCGAGAAUUCCUGUUAAGGCCAGUCCUAUAAAAUCAGAGAGUGCAUCGUCAGAGUCAGCAGUCAGGCGAGCUGAAUCAGUAAAGGACAAAAAAUCAAAGCUGCCAUCAAAACCUGAUAAUAGUAGUAGUAGUAGGAGAAAAUCUGAGACAGAUACAGGUCCCUCCACUAGUUCCAGAAUCAAGAAGUCUUCCACACCUGCACGCUCCGUUGAGACGGACUCUGCCAAAAAAACACCAACAAAAAAGGACCAAGGUCCAAGGCCUCCCAGUGGUGAAUCAUCCACCACCAAAUCCAAGACGUUUCAGUCCAGACUUCCAGUCAGAGGCAAACCCGUCCAAACCUCCACACCAACCAAAGAGACUAAAAAAGAGCCUCCCAAAAAGUCUCCCAAGCAGUCGAUAGAUUUCUUUGCAGAGAUUAGCGAUGAGGCAGCUAAGGUUGUAGAGAGAUUGGUGCAAGCAGAGAGAGAGAAGGAGAGAGCGGAUGAGCUGGAGUCUGUGUCUGCCAUGUCCGAUGACGAAAGCAGCACCAUUGACACCUCGGUCAUAGAGGUGGACGCUUUCCCUGACAUACACUUGCCGCUGCCCGAGGGCGUCUUUGUCGUUAGGCCCCGCUGGGAUGACACCAUCGAGACGCAGAUGGAAAGAAUCCCCGACGAUAGAGCACAAGCACAAGCCCAAAGUCAAGGUAUCCCCCCUUCUCAAGGGGCCCAUUCUCUCUGUCUUACGCCUCACCCUCGCUAGCGCUAGCGAUGAAGCUGCCGCCUCUCUUGUCAUGUAGCUACUAAGACUUCAACUUUCUGUGGUUGCUUCUGUGUUUGUUCUUUCUGCCUGUGUUUGUGUUUGUGUCUCUCUUCUCGUGUGUAUGUGUGUGUGUCUCUGUGUGUGUGGGUGUCUUAAUGAUCUCAAGAUUGAUUUAAAAGCUAUUUUAGCAAUAGAUUCCCAUACUGAUUUCUAUGGAUCUUGACUUGAGAAGUAGGCCUUAGCUCAACGGUAACAUCACAAGGCAUUGUUUAUUAUUUUAGUGAGCUUUCUUAGCAUUUUUAGGAUUCAUUAUGGUACAUGUUUUACAGUAGAAUAUUCCCUUUGUUUUAACACCUUGCACUAUAUCAUAUGAUAUGUAAGCAGUAAGGUUAACAUAGUUGACUUUCAAUGCCUGGGAAAGCCAGUGUACAGGUAAAAUGUGUAACGAAGUUGAAGGACAUUCAUGAUACACAAGUGAAUUAGAAAUCUAGAACUCACCUCUUUCCUUCCAUCCCAUAGUAGUUGUAGCAGUAUGUGUUUAGCUUUAUUUAAGAGGGAACUAUUUUUGACAAGUCCUCUGCUGUUGUCAUGGAAU